AUGGCCGGGCGGUACGAUAAAAAUCCCUUCGACGAGGAGGAGGUGAACCCCUUCGCGGUGAGUGAUCCGUCGCACCCCUGGCUACGGGCUCAGAUCUGGUUUGUCCGUGGCCUCCUCUCUGCUCUACCCACCACCCUGAUUAUUUCCUCUCCGAAUUGAUGGCGGUUGGCGCCUACGCCCUCGAAUUGGAGUUUCGAGGGGUUUCGCUAUGAUUCUUAGGGCGGUCUCGAGUUCUUUCCGGGUUGCCAACUGGAGGUCAGGAAGUCAACGGUGCGUACAAUGGUUUGACGUUGGCUUUGGUGAAUUCUGUAUGCCCGCGGACUCGGGAGGACGUGGAGAUACCGUGCAUUUGUUACACGAGGGACUAUCUCCCUUUCGGUUUUUCCUGUUCAAAAGGGUUGCUGUUUCAGUGUGUUGUCGAGGUUCUGCUGUUGUGGAUCAGAUGUGUCCGGAUUUACAGUUUGACGGAUAGUUACGGGAUCCUGUUGUGAUCACCUUUGGUUGACCUAUAUGCCAGCAAGAUGAUUUUAGAUGAGGUGGAGCAGUUCGUCCACCUCAAUUAGAAAUUAGACGACUGACGAUUAGGCUUCCUUAAUUGGAAUGAAACUACGACUGCAAUUUAAAUUCAUUAAUGGUUUUUCACCCAAUAAUUAAUCUUUAUCCAAUUUUUUUCAUGGAAUGACAAGGCUCCAUAGUCAUGCUAAUUCAAGAUUGGAGUGUAUUAUGUGGAUGAUACCUCGAGGAUCAACCAAAAUGAUUUAUUUCUACCAUGGAGUGCUACUUUCAAUAUUAUUAUUUCACUGCGAUAGUGAUGGAUUAGAAGAGGGAGAAGGAGAAGAAGAGGGAAUAUCAGGAGCAUUAGGAAUCAUCUCUUGGUAUCUUUAAGAUCUAUCGUUAUUACCUCUGUUCUACCAAUAGGAUGCACCGAUUUCAGUGAUUUACCAACACUUUUCCUACUUGUUUGCAUAUUAAAUCUAUUAUUGACAGAUCUAUUGACACGCAUACAUUGGAAUACAACCGUACUCAGGCAUUGUUCCAGCUUUUAUUUUGUGGCAUCCUGAGUUAUAGUAGAAAAACUAUAUUUACAUUCUUGAACUCACAUGUUUUUGUCCCAAGAACCUGGAUGGUUAUACUUUCCGUUUCUAGCCUGAGACCCCACUCGUUUUUGUAUCUACAUGCUUGUAGGUAAUAUGGUUUUAACUACCCCUGUAGAAAAUAGCUCAAUAUGCAUCACCAGCUAGGCACGAAGUUACUUAAUAAUGAAAAACCCCAACGAUAGCUGUGCUUUGAAUUUUUUUUUUCUUAUUUGAUUUGGUUUGUGUGGAGAGUCUAAGGAGCACAUUGAUUGCUCUAGUAUAGUUUUCCCUGGAAGCCGUUUGCUACUCUAAUGUGAUAAAACUAUAGAUAACACUAAAAAAAAGCCAAAAAAAAUCGAAAUGGAUAUUUUUUGCAUAUUCUAAUAGUUUGGUUUUACUUUUCAUUAUUCUGUUUUACUAUCAGCAUCACUCGUUUGAAAAGUACCUUCCUCAAAAUGAGAAAGAUUCUCGUUGUUACGGAUAUUCUUCUUAUGGAUGGCACGGAAAUAGUGAAGUUUUAAAGAUACGAGUAGCUUCUCAGUGAAGUCUGUUUAUUCUGCAUUUUCUGGGAUAGUUCUUGCUGACUAAGAUUCCUGAGCCUUAUUUGUUGGGAAGCUGGGACGAAAAUCGAAUAGUUCAAAGAGCCUAUGAAUCUUGAUUUGGAUUCGACAAGAUAGAUCAUUUUCUUUAUAUGAUUGAUGGUAUUCUAUAUCAUAUAACCACAAGUUCUUUGCAUCCAUUGCAGGAUCCUGCAGUCCGUAGAAAUGCGGCACCAUCAGCUUAUAGUGGCGGUGCAUUCUAUAUGAGUGUAAGGACUUUUUCAUCAAUUAUAUAUACGUUCAAUCUUGUUCCUCAUGUCAGUGAAGGCAAGACAUGACCUUCCUAUCUUCAUGGUUUCUUAAAUAUCUCUAUUUGGUAUUUUUUUUAUUGUUCCUAAAUGUCCAAAUAAUGUUUCGGCAUAAAUGAAUUCAAUUUUUAUUUGAAUGUAGCAGUCCUUUCUUCAUUUCUCUUUGAAUAAUUAAACACUUUGAAGUGAGUGGAAAGGAAAAUAAUUUUUCCGGUCUGUACUCGUUUUAAUUGUAUGAUGUCUGAUUGACGUACACGAAUUGCAAGAUUUUUUCGUCCCACCAAUUUCAAGGGUAUGGAGAGAAUAUGCAUUGGGAAAUUAAGGGUGGAAAAAGAUGCCAAUCACAGUCACGAAGUGGAGUAUCAUUAGCUUUCAUGAUGUAAAGCUGUAAUUCUGUUGAAGCCAAUCAUAAUCCUACAACUCUUCGUUUAAUCUAGUUAAAUAUGUGAGGUGAGUUAUUUGAAAGGAGUUAUAUGGUUAUCCUAACCAAGAUAUACUCGGAUAGAUUUUCAAAUCUACCUAACGACAAUCCAAAAAGCAGGCUCAUUACCAAACCGAUCACAUUACCUCAUUUUUUAUGCUAUGACAUGAAAUGGCAUUGUGAAUGUGAAGGUCUCUGGCGACUAAUUUGACAUGCUUCGUACAUGCUAUGACAUGAAAUGGCUUACUGAUCAUGAUUUUCGUAGCAUUUAUCCCAACUCUGGAAAUCUGGUACAAUAGUCAUUUUAAAUUAAGUAUAAAAGAAAGCCCAAAUGAGAGAAUUAACCUAAAUGAGAUUUCUAGAGUUAUAUUUCUAAACCCUUAUUUCCUAUGACAUUAAAUAGCCUCGUGACAUGGUUGUCAAAUGUCAUCAUCAACCCUUAUUUCUUAUAGUAUCAUUUCCCAUGAUUGAAUUGAAAUAGUAAAUAGGCGUUGGGGGAAUCCAGAACUAUAUUGAUGAUGAGUGUAUAUCUUAACAUGCAUUCAUGUUUACAGGAGAUCAAGCCAUCUUGAUUUCUCUACUGGGUUUUAUCACCAUGGUCAUUGAGUUUCCUAGUUGCAAAUCAGCCAAACUAUUUAAUUAUUCUUACGGCCAUCGUUUUUUUCCAGUAAAUGUGUAAGGCAUAAGAUAAAUGGGGCGAUAUUUGGACCCAACUAUAGGCAUUUUACAUAUAUGGAAACAUACGUUUGCAUAGAGACUACGUAUUUGGGAUGUAAAUGAUUAGAAUAUAAGUCAAAAUAUGAUGAGAAAAAAAUAUGGAAGAAGUGUACUUCAUUAAAUAUAUGUUUGCGUAACGUAGGGAAAGGGAUAAGUGUCGUGUUUUAUACUUCAACUGGCAAGACACUUAAAAGUAAAGUCUAAAGAACACGCCUCCCUUGGGAACCAAUAAGGCUAGUGUGGAAUUUCAAACAUUAGGCUGAAAUUUUAAUUUCAAGCACUUUGCUGAAGCUGGGAUCUGGAUUAUCGUUUUGAUUCCCCUACUUGCAAUGAAGUACGGGAACAGGCAAUGGAAAAUAGACGGCCUUGGGGAAAUCCGGAACUAUAUUGUAUGUUGCGCCAGUGAAGCCAUAUAAAUUGGAUGUUGAAUAAAAUUUCUGCAAGUUCACAUGUUCAGUCUUUCACGAUUCGUUCUUGAAAUUGUAAUCUAUAAGUACCUUUCCAAUCCUUAAUACUUUAUGCAAAUAUCAUUUCCUUACAAAUAUAUCAUCAAACUUCAUUGUGGAGACGAUUCUUGAACAAUUUCAUGAUAUUUUAUUAUUUUCUUCUCUCUUGACUUGUAAAUUGCUGAAAAUAUCCAUACUUACUGACGCUUUGUUUUUAUUAACUUUUUUUGGCUUACUGUAAAUGGUUUUAAAUGCCCAUGUGUUGUCUUCAGUAAAGAUAACGUUGUCUUUUUAUUUUAUUCGAUGGAGAUGUUCCCAGAGCACUGGCAGUGUACCUCAAGCUUCCGAUUCUAGGCUUUCACCACUCCCUCCUGAACCAGCUGAUUUCUACAAUGAUCGUGGUGCUACAAUUGACAUUCCACUUGAUAAUGCAAAGGUAUUUGAUGGCGCUUGACCGCAUUGAAAUUGUUCCUAAUUGUUGAUAGAUCUAUGAUCCCUGUGCCUUUUUUUUUUUAAUUUCAUUUUCCUUUCCAGGAUCUCAAAAAGAAGGAGAAAGAACUUCAGGCAAAGGAGGCUGAACUGAGGAAAAGGGAACAGGUUUGUACUGCUGGAACUGAUCUAAACAAGUUCUACGGAUGCAAAUGCCCCUUGACUCUGCAACUAUACUAUCUAUAAUUGAACAUGGCAAUAAAAACGUCUGGUUUGUCUUGAUCAGCAUCGAGGGAACUGCAAGGAAUGAUACAGACUUGAAUUUCGAGUCUAUUUUUCCUUCAGCAAGUUUAUUUGGAAAACCCGGCUAAUAAGUAACGAUUGAUUUCGUCUCGUAAAUCAUUACUGAUUGCUUGAGAUGUAUUUGGUGUCAUGUCACUCCUUCGUGUUCUGAAAAUUUCCAUGAUGGUGCUGUAUAGCAAGCCUUCCCUGAUGAAUUGCUUCAUUUGCUUCGUGUCUACAGGACCUGAAACGGAGGGAAGAGGCUGCAGCCCGGGGUAUCCUUGCAUUCUUUUUCGUCGCCAUAUUUUUUUGGCGUUCUAAUGAUAAUAUGGCUUAACCUUUCUAAAUCUUCUCUGUUGCAGCUGGGAUUGUUAUAGAGGAAAAAAAUUGGCCGCCAUUCUUUCCCAUUAUACAUCAUGAUAUCGCAAAUGAAAUCCCCAUCCAUCUGCAGCGAAUACAGUAUUUUGCAUUUGCAUCUUUCUUAGGUAUGAUACCUCAUUUUACUUACUCCAUGCUGUGGAAUUUUACGGGAUCGGAGCAGGGUACAUUCUUGUUUUAUGUUUUGGAGCAUUAUCGUCUGUGUUCUAUGCCACGGAGUUUCUUGAGAGACGAGCAUGGAUCUUGAUUCUCCAGAUAUGUCAUGUCAUGUCGUGCAAUUAGUUAUCAAGCUCUAGGCUGCCUUUGAGAUUAAAUCAAUCAAUGCCCAUGUGGAAGAGCUGUGUCGCAAUCGAUACCAGUGGAGGCUAUGUUCAUGAUAGUUGGAUUACCACGAGACUUAAUGUUGAAUGACUUGCAGGGUUGGUUAUCUGUCUUUUCUGGAACAUCAUAGCAGUGACGAGUGCUUGGAUCAAAGGAGAAGGUAUGAUCAUAGCAGUGAUCACCCCUGCGGACGAAAAAUCAUCUUGUUAACCGAAUAACUUUGAAUCUGAAUGCUGUAUGUCUCAGGCGGGGCAAAGAUCUGGUUGCUGGCUAUCAUAUACUUCAUCGCUGGUGUCCCGGGAGCAUACGUUUUGUGGUAUCGCCCUCUUUACAGGGCAAUGAAGUAAGCUUCUGAAGAUUAUUUGGUUCCUAGCUUGCAUGACAAGGAUAUCCAAACUGUUUGAGUUGGACCGUGUGAUUUCUAGUUUCUUCUGAAAUUGUAUUGCUCUCGAACCAUCGCAGGACCGACAGUGCGCUCAAGUUCGGAUGGUUCUUCCUCUUCUACCUGGUGAGCGAGCUUCCCUUCGCUAGCAGUGUUCUAAGCAUACUCCCUUCACCACCCUUCUGCUCUAAGCUUCCCGGCAUGGUGGGCUGUGUCUCAGGUUCACAUUGGCUUUGUGGUGUAUGCUGCCGUGGCACCUCCUGUCAUCUUCGAGGGAAGGUCCUUUGCGUAAGUCGCUCUGGUCACCAGCCCCUUUUCUUCAUGGCGGAAGAAAGAGCGUGUUGACUUUUGUAAUUCAUCAUCUUAUUUUUGACUAUGCAGUGGUAUUAUCACGACCAUCAAGAUCAUUGACAACAGCAUUGUGGUUGCGGUAAGCUCGGCUCGUUGACUUGCACCUACACAACAUCUGCUUGUUCUUGCCGAUGAUCCUACAAGUAGAGCAUCUGAGUUUCCGAUUGCGAUGCGUGCAGAUAUUUUACAUCAUCGGGUCCGGGUUCUUCUGCCUCGAGUUGCUCCUCAGCAUCUGGGUCAUCCAGGUGAGAAAUGAGCGCGUUGACUCUCCAAGAUAGAUAGAUAGAUAGAUGGAUGGAUGGAUGGAUAGAUAUCUGUGGAUUGACCGAGAUUGUUUUGGGACUGGUGGGUUUGGUUGCAGCAAGUCUACCUCUACUUCAGAGGCAGUGGAAAGGCGGCGGAGAUGAAGCGGGAUGCGGCGCGUGGGGCCAUGCGAGCCGCGGUUUGA